GAGGAGCGGAGCGGCCGGGGAGGGAGAGCCCAGCGAGACCUGAGGAGAGCAGCCCGGCGCCGUGCCAGAGCCGACGGGGCUGAGCCGCCCGCUCUUCGGCGUGCCGUGCGGGGCUACGGCGGUGCACGGCCUCCGCCGAGCCAGGAAUAUUGGCAACUAAGCAACAUAUCUACUCUGGCAACCAAAAUGCUAACCUGAAGAGGUCUGAACAACAGCAAUAACCCCAACACCCAAAGCUGUAACGAAGAGAGCUUGGGCAGGCACAGAAAAUGGGUAAUAACUGAAGACUACCUCUCAGCAGGAAAGUGAGAUCAGAUUGGCAACGAAUGGCAUGAUUGAAGACAAAAAGCCAGCUUCCACUCAAGGUUUGAUCUUCACACUGUUUCCCUGAAACAAGGCCACAGCAGAAGAGAUCAAGAUGGUCCCAAACUAUUCUACUGAAGAAACUGUUAAGAGAAUUCACGUCGACUGUCCUGUUUCAGGAAGGCACAGUUACAUCUACAUUAUGGUUCCAACUGUUUACAGUAUCAUCUUCAUCAUAGGCAUAUUUGGGAACAGCCUGGUCGUUAUUGUCAUUUACUGCUACAUGAAAUUAAAAACAGUGGCCAGCAUCUUUCUGCUAAACCUGGCACUGGCUGACUUGUGCUUUUUAAUAACUCUGCCACUCUGGGCAGCCUACACGGCCAUGGAAUACCAGUGGCCUUUUGGCAACUGUUUAUGCAAGCUAGCAUCAGCAGGAAUCAGUUUCAAUUUGUACGCCAGCGUGUUCCUACUCACAUGCCUUAGUAUCGACCGCUAUCUGGCCAUAGUACAUCCAGUGAAGUCACGAAUCCGGCGUACCACGUUUGUUGCCAGAGUAACCUGCAUUGUCAUCUGGCUCCUUGCUGGUGUGGCCAGUUUGCCCGUCAUCAUUCAUCGUAAUAUCUUUUUUGCGGAGAACUUGAACAUGACAGUCUGUGGCUUUCGAUAUGACAACAAUAACACAACACUGAGGGUUGGGUUAGGCUUAUCCAAGAAUUUACUGGGAUUUUUGAUCCCUUUUCUUAUCAUACUAACAAGCUACACCCUGAUUUGGAAGACCCUGAAGAAGGCAUAUCAAAUUCAAAGAAAUAAGACCAGAAAUGAUGACAUUUUUAAGAUGAUUGUGGCAAUAGUGUUUUUCUUCUUCUUUUCCUGGAUUCCUCAUCAAGUGUUCACUUUUCUGGAUGUAUUAAUUCAAUUACAUGUAAUAACAGACUGCAAAAUCACUGAUAUUGUGGAUACAGCUAUGCCCUUUACUAUUUGCAUCGCUUACUUUAAUAAUUGUUUGAAUCCUUUUUUUUAUGUUUUCUUUGGAAAAAACUUUAAAAAAUACUUCCUUCAGCUAAUAAAAUACAUUCCACCAAAUGUCAGCACACAUCCAAGUCUCACUACAAAAAUGAGCUCCCUCUCGUAUCGACCACCAGAAAAUAUACGCUUGCCCACUAAAAAGACUGCUGGGUCUUUUGACACUGAGUGAUGCACUUCGCUAUAUUCUUUUUUCCUGAACAAGGUUGUGAACGAAGCAGCAUGAAUGACAAAAUCCAUCUGCAGUCCCAGACAUCACAGCUUACUGCUUAUUACAGAAACAUUAAAUCACUUCAGCAAAAUCUCACUGCAAAGAUUUAGCAGUGGCCUUCUAUUUUACCUUGUGUGGAGGACUGCCUGAUUUUCAUUUUGUUUUACUUCGUUGAAAGCAGCAUAAAUGAUAGGACAGGUACAUCAGAGUUUGUCAGCAUUCUGCCAUUUACUCAAAACUACAGAUCAUCUCUGAACUCAAAGGAAAAGCUUUUGUAAGUGACGUGAAUUAUGAAGAACCUGUUUUGCGCAUGUGAGCCAAGUUUUGCCAAGUUUUGUUUCAGGCCCUGAUGGAACUACACUGCUUGGUUUUGGGUUUGUGGGUUUUUUUUUGUUGUAGGUUGUUUGUUGUUGUUCUUUUUAAUGAGUCAUUUGUCAUUGUAUUUAUAACUUGUUUCUCUAACAUAUACUUUAUCUACAGGCCCAACUUAAACUGAAAUUUAAGGACCAUGAAACUAGUCUCAUUCUGAUUUGUGCUACUAUUUUCCAUUUUUAAAUAGCAAAAUUUCAUAAUAUAUGCAAUAAAAUGCAGGUUUAUUUAUUAAAUAUAGAAUAAAUAUAUUUUUAGAUUUAUAUUCCUAAUUAGAGAUUUCAAACAUUUCUUCAAGCAUUUUUAUCCCAAUGGGUAUUUUUAUACUCGUAAUAUAUACACAUAUAUAUAUAUAUAUAUAUAGACAGACACACAAAUAGGGUUUCCUCACAUUUCUCAAUUGUGUGCUGUGCUGACUGAAGAACACAGCUUAUGGAGUGGGCUAAUCCCAUGCUUUAUGCAACUGUUGGAAAACAGAAGUCGUAGAAACCUUCAAGCUAUUUUUGUAGAAUAACCAGAAUAACUCUGAGAGAAGUACCAACUAACGAGAUCCAUUCAGUUCUUCAAAAUUCCUGGACAUUUAAGCUCGGAUUCUGACAAAAGCAUUGUGAUGCUUUUAGUCAUAUCACUAAAUAAGCAGGACCAAACUUUGUCCUUGGCAUUUACUUCAUUGCUGUUUACUUAUAUGAAACUGAUCCUAGAAUCAGGAUUAUCUGCUCUAUGUAGACCCACAUUUUAUUUUAUGGAACAAUUUUAACAAUUUUUAAUUUUAUACUAGCAUAAAUCAGAACAAAAAUCUGGCUCAAGCUCUCCACAAAUGAAGGGGAAAAGGUGAUAAGAAGUUCCAACUCCUGAAAUCCUCACAUAUCCUUAUAAAUCUCAGACAACGAACUCCAGAAAAUAUUUGCCUGAUUAACUCCCAUUUAUUUUCUUCAAAGAUACAUGAGCUCGUAAAUACUUUCCAACAUAAUAAAGCUUAAGAAAAAAAAAUUCCAAAAAUUCACAUAUUUGUCACAUAGACAAAUACACGACCCUGGAGAAUUUGUGGUAUUUAUAAUCUUCUGAAUGAUAUCUUUAAUGUUGCUUAGUUAGCAAGCAGCUGGAUUUUCUAUAAAUUCCUAUUUACAAGGCACUGUGAUGAUUCAGUAAAACCUCUACAGCUGUACUUCACUAAAAAAUGCUUUUUCAUUGAAGGUUGAUUUAAUUGAAAGCUAUUUUAAAAAAAUCUGAUACCUGAACGUGUCGUUCAGGGACAGCUGAGUUAUUCUCACAUAUAGCGCUUUAUUUUCAGCUUAUAUCCUUACACAGGUGUGUGAAAUAGCCAUUCUUUGAAAAUAAAUACGGCAGCAGUGCCAUGCAUUAUAAAUAGCAUCCAGAGCACACAGUAAGCUGAUGAAGGACUAUCAGAGCUUGCCAUUUAUCUGUAUGACAUUUUGUUCACGUAUACGCGUACAAGUCGAACAGCAUCAGGAGCCCCAAUGGAGGAGGUACCUCUUUCUCAGACACGAUUCGGUGUGCUGUGCUUGCCACCUGCUGGACACAGCCACACAUUUUUCAUCUUAAAAGUUACUAAAGGAAGAAGCAGCAAUAUUUUCCUGCCUCUUGAUAGAUCUGCAGGUCCUUGCCUCUGGCAAAACUUUUGUAGAAGUAACUGCUUCCUGGAUGGACAAUUUUGUAUUCAGCUUCCUUGGGAAGGAGCAAAGCAAGUGUUUCUGCAACACCUGCUGAUUCCUUUGGUCACCAAAUACCAGUGUCCCAGACCACCACAAUCAUAGCUCAUUUACAAAGUGUUGACUGUGUUACUACAGGAGAUAUCUCAAAGACGCACAUAAAUUCUUUGACUAUUUUUGCAUACAUAUAUAAUAAACAGAAAAAAACCCAUACUUGUGCAAGCAGUAACUAAGUAUUUAACUGAAAUGACUCGUUUAUUAUCAGGAAGACAAAGAAGCAGUCAGCAGUGACUAUGAAUAAUAAAAAUAACUAUCACAGGACAAAACAGACCAGAAGCCAUAGCGAUUUUCAUCAUUUCAAGCUAUAUCCUGCAUUUUCAAGAGCAUGUAUCCUAGCUGCUGGUGCUACCUGUGUCGUGGGAAAAAGCUAGGGCAUGCACAUUCUUCUGGGUUGCUCCAGGAAAGGAUUGCAGCUGUUGUGCUUUGAACGAAAUGCUAGCCUUGAAUAGAUAGCUAAUAAAUAAAUAACUCUCAGAUAUAAAUAUAUUUUUUUUCUAAGGGGUUGGAGAAUGGUCAGCAGCUGUCAAGGACAGAAUCCUAUUUUAGCAUUUCCUAAAACAAAAAUCAAUACAUACUGAAAACCACCUAUAUCUGAAGUUAAAAGUCUCCAGCAAAUCUAACAGGGCAGCAGCAGAGCUAAUGCCUCCUGAGCACAGCUGUUACUGCAUGCAGCCAUAUGCAGUAUGGGAGCAACUGCAGAUGCUCCCACAGAGCCUCAAAGCAGAAAUCAGUUGAAGUCCCCUUCUCCUUUAGUAAACUCACACCAUUUUCUUCACCCAUCGUGCUAUAACCAGUGCAGGUGCUGAGAACACUUUGUUGCUGAUCCUUGCUAUCCCCUACCCACGUACUUGCUGAGAAUCCUGUGCUGGAGACCUGUGAGUGAGGCAUGCAGAACAGCAGUGCCAUGGGGUGCAGGGUCAGGCCCUUUCUAAUCACAGUGUCUCAUUGAAGCACCUCAAUUUAAUUAUUCUGACCUUCAGCAUGCAAGAGGCAAAGACUCAAUACAAAUUUGGUUUUUGUCUGGUCAUCUGUUAGGUGCAGAUAAGAGCAGAGCCUCCUUGGCCUUUGUGAUAUGCUUGGGACUGCAUGUUCCAUACUGAGGAGCAGGCAGAAGGCUAGAGAACCUACUCCUUGCCAACAAAGGACAGAAGAGUAAGGUUUGGCCCUGUGCGACUCUGCCACUUUACAAUAUCUUUGUAUUGAGCCUUCUUGACUUAAUAUCAAAACAUGAACUAGUUUCAUGUACUUCAGAACAAACUCACUUUCCUAAAGAACACAAAGUUAGUUGAGAUGCAACAAUAUUACAUUUUAAAAACAAGUAUCCAAAGUACUUUCUAUUCUUAGGGUAUCCAAAAUUAAAAUCCUUGAUAUGCUUUUAGUCUGUUCCUGUACUCUGGUAUGUGGAUCUCAAGACCUUAGAGGGGCAGCGCUUAGCCCUAAAUAUAGGGUAUUGCAGUUAUGGACUGUUGACUUGUAUGAAUGAAUACUGUCCCUGUGCUGGAGGAAUAACUGAUAAAUCACAUUAUACUGGACAUGGGGUUGGACUCGAUCUCUGGAGGUCCUUUCCAACCCCUACAAUUCUGUGAUUCUGCGAUGUACAUACAUAACAUUUAUUUCUAUUGUGCAGUUGUCCCUUAUGAUGUUUCACACUCCACUCUAUACUGGUUGGCCCAUUAAAUGCCUAGUCUGAAUCAUACUGUGUGCUGAAUAACCUUAAUUUCAGCAAAGCCCUUACAGAUACAGUGGGGAUUAAUUUGGGUUCUUAGCUCAAACAAUUGUUUUGUAAUUACACUGUUAAUUGAGGUGCUGCAGAGGCCACAUGUCCUUUGCUUUACCAGAAUCACUGUUAAGAUGAUGGUUCUCAUCAACUUGGAACUGCGACAACAGCAGACAAUACAAUAGGAUUCCCAGGUUUGGUUUGGUUUUGCUUGCAUAGCUUCAGCAACAAUUCAUCUUAGUGACCUGCUUUUUAAGUAUUUUAAAGUGCAAGUGUUCCCAGGGAGAAGAGUUCACUGUGGAAACAAACAAACAAACUAGGAGGAAAUGGGAUGGAGCAAGGAGAAGGCCUAAUAAGGAACUUGUUAAUUUCAGAAAUACUUACUGCUGUAUGCAAAUAAUUCUAUUUUCACAAAUUUCUAUUUUGUUUUCUGUUUGCUUUUAAAGAACCUAAGAAGAAAUCUUUCAGCUAAGGGUUAAGAACUUUCAGAAAGUUUGGAGAGGCUCUUCUAAGUGUCUUUAGAACAUCCUGCUCAGUUUGGAACAUAUCAAACCAUUCCUACCCAACUCACAAGGUCAGGGUCUCCGGUUCUGCUCUUCUGUGUCACAGGCUUGGCCAACGUACCAUCCCACAAGCUAGUGCAAAGCAAUGAGGUUGUUCUAUCAAUCACUAAGUCCAUUUUAUCAAUGACCUCGCUACCAAGGCUGAGUUAACAAAUCCGCUGUGCUAAUGACAGAGCUGUCAGGCUCAUUGUCGCUGGUGAGUUCUGCAGACGUGGCUAUACAAGAAAUAAGUACAGACCAUGUUUGAGAGCAGGAUCCCACAGUCUUUGUAGUGGUCUCGUGCUGUGUCCUUCAGCUUUAAAAACACCCUAUGAAUAACGUGUCAAAAACUAGAUAUUUUCAUUUCAGUAUUUUUGUGCAGUCAUGGUUUAUGAAGUGGUGGCUGUGUUUCCUAUUUCAAUAGAAAUAGCUUCAUAUUGUAAAAAGUUACUAUUAUAAGAGCUUCUGUUGUCUGAAGUAUUACGAAAAGAUACAAAACUGGUCAUCAGUAGGUAGCAUCUUUGUGAAAGCCAUCUCCGUUGCUGUGUUAGUCCACUCAAAGAAGAGAUUUAUUUCUAUCUUACUCUAAGUACUCCAGUAUUAUCAGUGUCUUAGAAACCCAUCAGAUAACUGUAUGUCCAGGAGAGGCAGAUAAUGUGCUGCAUAUAGAUCUGUAUCAGCUUGGCCUACCUAGCCUGAACUCCAGGCUUAGUUUAGAGCCCAGUGUACAAAUACAAAAGAACAGAAAAUAUAUACUGCAGUAGUACUAUGUAUAAUUAAAUUCAUUGAACAAUUAUGAAAUACUAAAGGAGCUAAAAUAAGGCUAUUUUCUUAAUUUUGAUCAAAGCGCUUUUAUUUUUAUACCCUUCUCUAAGAUUUUGGUUUUGCACUGUAAAAAGCCCUCACGUGUAAUAAAAUUUGCAGACCCAAA